AAAGAAAUCGAGUUCUGAUUCUGAGCACUAAUAAAACCAAUAACGGUGAACCAAACCAACAAAACCAUCCAUCAUACUCAUCAUCAACAAUCUCACUAUCCUCUUUUUUUCCCCAUCAAAAUCUAAUUGCUCUCUGGUCUCCCUCUUCACCCACUCACCCUCGAUCCUCUUCCACCUCUCUUAGUUCCCUUCCAUCAAGGGUCGAUCUAGAUCUUCUUUUUCCACACCCAAUAUUUCCUAUUUCAACCCCUUUAUUCAUCUCCCUGUAAAACUCAAAAAAAAAUAAAAAACACGAAGAAAAUAUACAUGGGUUGCACCAUGAGGGAAAAGCAUAUCAGAGCUAAUCGGAGACCCCGAUCGGUGAAACCGGACUCGGAUUCUUGCGACAAAGAUGCCAUAUCCAAAUCCAUAGCGGAGUCUGGUCUUAAGCCCUUCAAAUACCAUCUGGAUCUCAACGAUUCUUCCCAGAGUCCGAAUUCAAACCCUAAUGUAGAGGAAACCGGGUGGGGUUACUGUACAGAGGAACAAUUGGAAGAGAUUCUGUUGAAAAACUUGGAAUUUAUAUACAACGAAGCUGUGUCGAAGCUUGUUGCGUUGGGAUAUGAUGGGGAUGUUGCUGUUAAGGCCAUACUGCGAAAUGGGCAUUGUUAUGGUGGCAUGGAUGUGCUGACAAAUAUUUUGCACAAUUCCUUGGCUUUUUUGAAUACUAAUAGUGAUGGUGAUGGUGGUGGUUAUAGUAGUAAUGGUGGGAAUUUGCAUGAGUCUGAGCCUGUGUUCUCUGAUUUGAGGCAGUUGGAGGAGUACUCUUUGGCGGGUAUGGUGUGUUUGUUGCAACAAGUGAGGCCUCAUUUGAGCAAAGGGGAUGCCAUGUGGUGUUUGCUCAUGAGUGAUCUUCAUGUCGGGAGGGCCAGUGCUAUGGAGAUUCCGGUGCCGGACAAUGGGAGCACUGUGCCGGCUACCGGUGAGGGUGGUGCCAAUUCGGCUGGUGUUAUGGCGCCGGCUUUGUGUAGGUUUCAUGGGGGGUGGGGAUUUGGAAAUGGGGGAGGCUUGGAAUUUCCUGUGAACGGGAUAUUCUCUUGUGGUGCAGAGAUGAAUUUGCAGCUGCAACGAGACAUUGAGUUUCCGAAGAGGUUAAAUCUUUCUCCUUCGAUGAAGUCCUUAUUGAAGAGAAAUGUUGCUAUGUUUGCUGCUGGUUUUAGGGCGAACUCCAAGCAAUUGCAGGCGCAGGUGAAGGCCUUUCCCGGCCGGAGUACUGCACCUAAUUUGGAUUCUUUGGAUGUGUCCGGGACAGAAGUCCUGGCUGAGCAGUCCGGAGGAGAUUCAGAGAAUCUUGAUAACCAAGAUGCUGUGAAUUCGGUGCUGAGUAAAUUUCGUGAUUUGAAUCUUGAUGAGAAUUUGGACUUAGUUGCCGAAGAUCAGAAGGAUGAGGUGAUAGUCUCUUUAUUUCAUCAGAUUAGGGAUCUUGAGAAACAGGUCAACGAGCGAAAAGAUUGGGCUCAUCAGAAGGCAAUGCAGGCGGCAAGAAAGCUAAGCAGUGAUUUGACUGAGCUCAAAAUGUUGCGGAUGGAAAGAGAGGAGACUCAAAAAUUGAAGAAAGGGAAACCAGAACUUGAGGACACAACCAUGAAGAGACUCUCAGAGAUGGAGAAUGCCUUGAGAAAGGCCAGUGGUCAACUGGACCUUGCGAAUGCAGCUGUGAGGAGAUUAGAAACUGAGAAUGCAGAAAUGAAAGCAGAGAUGGAGGCUUCCAAAUUAAGUGCAUCCGAGUCAGUGACAGCUUGCUUAGAAGUUGCAAAAAGGGAGAAAAAAUGCUUAAAGAAACUUCUAGCUUGGGAAAAACAGAAAGCUAAGCUGCAGCAAGAUAUUUCUGAUGAAAAAGAGAAGAUAUUGAAGACACAAGAAAUAUUGGUUCAGAUUAGACAAUGUCAAAAGGAAGCUGAGGUAAAGUGGAAGGAGGAGUUGAAGGCUAAAGAGGAAGCCCUAGCACUAGUUGAGGAGGAACGCCACUCUAAGGAAGCAGCCGAGUCUAACAAUAAGAGGAAGCUCGAGACUUUGCGUCUGAAGAUAGAGAUAGAUUUCCAGCGCCACAAAGAUGAUCUACUAAGACUUGAGCAGGAGCUUUCUCGCCUUAAAGCAUCUGCUCAGUCUGCCGAGUUGCAUAACCAAUCAAGCACUUCACCUACAAGUGACUCGGAGGGUGCAAAGCCCCAAAGAGAGACCAUUGCUAGGCUGCUUCAAGAAUUGGAUAAUCUGGAGGACCUUUCGGAGAAAGAAGUAAACAGCAACAGAGAAUGCAUUGUAUGUAUGAAAGAUGAAGUCUCCAUUGUUUUCUUGCCGUGCGCACACCAAGUUAUGUGUGCUAGUUGCAGUGAUGAGUAUGGAAGAAAAGGUAAGGCUAUUUGUCCUUGCUGCAGGGUUCAAAUCCAACAGAGAAUCCGUGUAUUUGGGGCAAGUUCCUAGCUUAUUUAAAAAGUUAUGUUGCAAUGGGACUUGGGCAGGGUAUACCCUAUAAAUUUUUACAUAAUUUUGUGCCUUUAAUCAUGGGACUACUUCUCUCACUAAAUCUCACAUUACAUGCUGUGAGUUGCGAGCAUGGUCAGGAAUUAUUAUUGUUAUUUAUAUAAUAUAAAUAUAUAAAAACUAAGUCCUGGCAUCAGAAUCUCUCUUGGAAUGUCUGAAAUAUAGUUGGUUACCACCGUUUGGCUUGAAAAUAAGAAAUGGGCAAUGGUGUUGUUAUA